AUGAAACUUCUACGACUCGACGACCCUGACGGGUACAGCCUUACCCCAGAUCUUACCCCAAAUAAUGUUCUUGUGUACGCGAUCCUCUCUCACACAUGGGGUCCGGACGAGGUAGUCUUUACCGACCUAUCGAACUCAUCGAGCGAUUGGCAACAGAAGUCCGGCUACGACAAGAUUGAGUUCUGCGCCAAACAGGCGAAAAAGGAUGGAUUCCAAUAUGUCUGGGUCGACACCUGCUGUAUCGACAAAUCUGAUGCGAUCGAGCUCCAGACCGCGAUCAAUAGCAUGUUCCGGUGGUACCGCGAUGCGGAACGGUGCUAUGUUUACCUAUCCGACGUCUCCGUCCCUAUAACGCCGGAUCGACAGCAGAACAUAAGGCCUUGGGAGGCUGCUUUGCGACAGAGCAGAUGGUUCACUCGAGGUUGGACGCUGCAAGAGCUCGUCGCCCCAAAGAUCGUCGAGUUCUACUCAAAGGAGGGAGUUUGGUUAGGAGACAAGCGAUCACUAGAGCCUCUAAUACGCGACAUUACAGGAAUUCCUGCGAGAGCGCUCCGCGGUACGCCAUUGGUAGACUUCACCGUUGCGGAGCGAGAAGCCUGGGCUCGCAAUCGGCGGGAAAGGGCACAGAACCGGUUACGAGAGGAGGUCGAGAAAGCCGUAAAAGGAACCCAUACGAACGAUUUCUCCGUUCCCUUCAGCCUUUCAGAAGUCCCGGAAACUCAAUAUUUUGUUGCGCGAGAGAGGGAAAUAGAUGAGAUGCGCAGAAGGCUUAGCUCGGACGGAAGCCGCCGCGUCGUUGUUCUCCACGGUCUUGGUGGUAUCGGCAAGACACAACUCGCUGUAGAAUACACGAAGCGAUACCGAGACGAACACACCGCCAUAUUCUGGGUGAAUAUCAAGGACGAAACGUCUAUUCAACAAAGCUUCACCAGAGUUGCAAGGCAGAUUCUGCAACGGCAUCCUCAUACCAGUGGCCUGCGUGCGCUAGACCUGCAGGGUGACAAAGAGGAGGUAAUCGAAGCUGUCAAGGCGUGGCUCAGCUUACCAGACAAUACCAGGUGGCUUGUCGUAUACGACAACUAUGACAACCCGAGGCUGCCCAAUCACCCUAAUAAUUCUGGAAUUGAUAUCAAUCACUUUAUCCCCACCUCCUACCAAGGCUCAAUCAUAAUUACCACGCGAUUGUCACAAGUCGACAUAGGUCAUCGCAUUCGACUUAAGAAACUCGAAUCGAUAGAUGAUGGUCUUGAGAUUCUGUCUGCGACCUCAGCCCGGGAUGGUUUACCAAAUGAUAUGGAUGCUCGAGGUCUGGUACAAGAACUCGACGGGCUCCCACUUGCUCUAACCGCAGCUGGAGCUUACCUAAGGCGCGUCUCCAUUAGCGUGGCUGACUAUCUUCGUCUUUACAGAGAGUCAUGGGCGAGACUCCAAUCAAGCACUCCAAGUUUGGGAUCGUAUCAAGACCGAACGCUCUCUUCUACAUGGCAAAUCUCAUACGAUCAAAUGCAAGAACAUGAUCCACUUGCAGCUCAUCUGCUCCGGUGGUGGGCCUACUUCGACAAUGAAGACCUUUGGUUCGAGCUCCUACAGCCUUUGAGCGGCGAUGGACCUGCGUGGGUAUACGAGCUGAGCGACGAAUUGAACUUCAACAAGGCAAUGGGCAUAUUGCAUGACUACGGAUUCGUCGAGCCACAUGAUUUCAGUCCAGACCUGAUUGAAUCCAGGGGUUAUAGCAUUCACGGGUGCUUACAUUCUUGGAUCAUUUACACAUUAAACCGACCUUGGGAUGGCUAUCUUAACAAGCUCGCAAUAGAAUGCAUAGCCUCAAAGGUUCCAUCACAGACUUGCGCUCACACCUGGAUAAUUGAAAGACGACUUCUAUCACAUGCCGUGAUGUCGUGUACCACAAUCCUAGGUUAUGAAGAAGACUUGUAUUGGGCCUUUCACAACCUAGGGAUCUUGUACAUGGCCCAAUGCAAGCCGCAAGAAGCUGAAAAUGCGUACUUACGGGCGCUUCGAGGAAUGGAAAAGGCGUUAGGGCGGGAUCACAAUCUUACAUUAAGAACGGUUUAUAACCUAGGUGUCUUUUAUAUAACCCAAUACAAGCUGCAAAAGGCCGAGGAUAUGCUCCUACGGGCGCUUCGAGGGAACGAGAAGGUGUGGGGACCGGAUUACCCAUUAACACUAAACGCGGUUGAUAACCUAGGUGUCCUUCUUUUAGAACAAGGCAAGAUGAAAGAGGCCGAAAAUAUGGUUUUACGGGCGCUUCAAGGGUACGAGAAGAUGUUAGGACCGGAUUACCCGUCAACACUAGACGCGGUUUACAGCCUAGGUGUCCUUUCUUUAAAGCAAGGCAAGAUAAAGGAGGCCGAGAGUAUAUUUUUACUAGCGCUUCGAGUGUACGAGAAGGUGUUAGGACCGGAUCACCCGUCAACACUAGACGCGGCUAAUAGCCUAGGUGUCCUUUAUUCAAAGCAAGGCAAGAUAAAGGAGGCCGAAAAUAUGCAUUUACGGGCGCUUCAAGGGAACGAGAAGGUGUUAGAACCGGAUCACCCGUCAACACUAGACGCGGUUUACAGCCUAGGUGUCCUUUACUCAGAGCAAGGCAAAAUGAAAGAGGCCGAAGAUAUGUAUUCAUCGGCGCUUCGAGGGGCAAAAAAGGUAUGGGGAUCGGAUCACCCGUUAACACUAAAGGUGGUUCACAGCCUAGAUGUCCUUUCCUCAGAGCAAGGCAAGAUGCAAGAUGCCAAAGCCAUAUAA